UUAGGACCACACAGACAUCAUCUAAUGGAUGAAGUCGGAAACAAUGUGACCGAUGCAAUUGGUGAGAUGAAUAACGAAGAUGCUUCCAGCAACCUUGAUUCCCAUAGCGUUGGUUUAUGGAAAGACGACGGAGAUGUACACAUGGAUGAUGGUUUUAGAACGCCGAUGAAGAAGACGAAGAAAACUAGUGUACCUAAGGUAGGGAUGAUAUUCGAUGAUGUGGAAUCAGCUGAGAAGUUUUACAAAGAUUAUGCACAUGACAUUGGGUUUGCAGUUCGUAUUGGUCAACAAAAACUUGAUGACAAUGGUCUGGUUCAAUGCAAGCGGUACUUAUGCGCAAGGCAAGGAUUUAGGUCCCAAAAGGCUAAAGAACUCAUGGAUCCGUCUAAAAAGGUACGCCACACUAGAGAAACUAGAUGUGGAUGUGAAGCUUAUAUGUAUGUUAAGCGCGACAGUGAAGGCAAAUACCAUAUAGCAGCAUUAUUUGAGGACCAUAACCAUGACCUUGUGACACCUAGUAAACUUCAUUUGCUUAGAUCCAAGCGCUUGGUAAGUGAGAAGGAAAAAGCAACACUUUUCAAUUGCCACAAAGCAAGUAUAGGAACAUCACAGGCAUUCAGACUCCUUCAAGUGGGUGCAGGGGGGUUUGAAUAUGUUGGUUGCACAAAAAAGGAUUUGUUAAACUACUACAGCGAUUUCAGGAACAAAAUCAAAAAUGCUGAUGCUCAGAUGUUUAUUGACCAAUUUGGUAGGCUCAAAGAAGUAGAUCCAGGUUUUUUCUUUGAAUAUGAAGUGAAUGAUGGUCGGUUGGUCCGGGUAUUUUGGGCUGAUGCAACUAGUAGGAAGAACUAUAUCCAUUUUGGUGAUGUGCUUUCUUUUGAUUCUACAUAUAGCACAAACCAAUAUGAUAUGAAAUUUGCACCUUUCACCGGAGUCAACCAUCAUAUGCAAUCCAUUUUCUUUGGAGCUGGUUUUUUAGCUGAUGAGAAGAUUGAAAGCUUCACUUGGUUAUUUCAGACCUUCCUACGAGCUAUGGGAGGGAAGGCUCCGGAGCUCAUUAUAACAGACGAGGACGCUAGUAUGAGGGCGGCUAUUGGUAGUGUUCUUCCAAACACCAUUCACAGAUUGUGUGUGUGGCAUAUUAUGAAAAAAUUUCCAAAAAAAAUUGGUCCACAUCUAUUAAAGGAUGAAGAGUUUUUGAAAAGAGUUAACUCAUGUGUAUGGGGUUCAGAAACAACGGAAGAGUUUGAGAGGAAAUGGCAUGCUAUAAUGUCAGAUUAUCAUUUGGAGAACAAUGAAUGGUUGGACAGAAGGUAUCAAAUCCGUCAGUCAUGGAUCCCAGCAUAUUUCAAAGACAUCUGGCUCGGAGGUAUUCUUCGAACAACAUCAAGGUCAGAGAGUGCAAAUUCCUUUUUCAAUCGCUUCAUAGGCCGAAAGCUUUCAUUAGUAGAGUUUUGGCUACGGUUUGACACGGCUUUGCAAUUCCAACGUCAGGAAGAAUUACUACAUGAUAACACCACCAUGCAUACAAACCCUACUCUAUUUACUUCAUGGGAAAUCGAGAAACAUGGUAGUUUUGUUUUCACACAUGAGGUUUUUAAUAAAUUUCAAGAAGAGGUGUUAGCUGCAAGGGAGCAUUGUGAUGUCCAGAACACAACUGAACUGGAAGAUAGAAAAAUUGUUGCCAUGACAGAUAACUACAGAAGACCUACCUCUCACACCAGACAAGAGGAACAAGAAAAUUUUAUUGGCUUUAGCAUUCCAGAUGAUGUGCAAGUUCAUCCACCAACUGACAUUCUUGCAAAGGGGAAGUGCAAGAGAAUAUUGGGACAUGCAGACAAAAACAAAAAGAAGAAAGAACCAACUCCACGCAAGUGCACCACAUGCAAAGAUGUUGGGCAUGAUAGACGCAAUUGUCCAAACAAAGAAAGUUGA